CAAACAUGGCUGUUGCAGAGUUGACUGCCACCUUAUAUAAACGGCUUGGAAGCAGACAGGCUCUGCAUCACAACUUCAACUCCAGGAAGCGUCUUUCUCUGCACACACAAGAGUCUGCGCCCACCCCAAGUUCACGGCUAGCUCACAAAUCACAAUGUCCAAGGUAAUUAGUGAUCAUGUUCUUCCGUUUUGCUUACAUGUCUAAAGGUGUACACUUGUACUGAAUGCUUGUGUUUUCACAUUUGAAUGACCUGCAGAAGAUCGUGAUCAGAGCUGAUCUCAUCGGCGAGAAGUGCAAGAGCAAGAUCAUGUCAAUUGUUGCCAAGCUCGAGGGUACCUAUCUUCCUUCCAAGUUCCAACCCACACUAUCUUCUUGUUUACCAAAUGUAUGUAAUUUUCAGGGAUCAAGUCCAUGGACAUUGACCAGGACAAGUGCACGCUGACGGUGGUCGGCACCGUCGACCCGGUGUGUGUCGUGCAGAAGCUCAGGAAGUCGUGCUUCGCCGCGACUAUGAUCAGCGUGGACGACGACAAACCCAAGGAGAAGAAGAGCCCCUGCCAGGAGGCCUGCGAGAAGGCCUGGAAGGAGAAGUACGAGAAGGCCUGCAAAGAGAAGUGCGAGAAGGCUUGCAAGGAGCCGUGGUGCGGCGACUGCGAGAAGGGGACACCGUCGUACCGCUGCACGCCGGGCUGCUACUCCAGCCCCUGCGGCCUGCCCAGCUGCCACUACUACAGCAAUGGCUACGGCUACGGCGUGCGCACACCCCCGCCGCCACUGGGAUACGCCUGCUAUGAGGAGCGGUCACGCGGAGGCGGAGGAGAAUGCGGCAUCCAGUAAGCCGGUGGGUUCAUCGUCGUCCCUCCUGCAAGAGGAGUAAGAUUCUGCAGGAGUGUGUAUGGCUGUGUCGUUGGAGUUCUCUUUUCGUACAGUGAUGAUUCCUUUUCCUCUGUGACACGACGGCUUACUUCCGGUUUGAUGCUUCAGUCUGUCUAUACUACUGGUGUAUAAGUAUAAUAAAAGCUCAUGUCGGCCAGCAUUUCUAUUUGUAGAUACUGAUGGCUACCUUGUGAAUUUAUAUUGGUGGUUCAAAGCACACUCCGUCUAUGUGAAAGGGCAAUCAAAAGGAACUUAUUUAAAAUAAAAUGAGCUGAAAUAAGGCAGUGUGCCGUGUGCAGUCUGUCAACGGCUUAACCCAAACAGAAUGGACUCAAACUGGAUGACUGAAGG